AUGGCUACCAGGGGUCAUGCGGCCAGCGGCUCUAUUUCGAGACCCUCGAUGGCACCCCAGACUUCGGGAGGCGUGGUCAAGGCGCGGCAGCUGGCGCAUCUACAUUCGCAGCUCGAACACUUAUCUUCCAACCUCUCGGAUACCGACAACUUGCUGCGCAUGACCGCCGUUCAGGCUGAGGCUAUGAGGGGUCUGGGUGCGUGGCAUGGGGGCAUGUUCAUGGCUGCGAGUAGGGUGUUGGGUGAGGAGUCGGUCAAGGAGCAGCCUAAGUGA